AUGAGCGUAAGACAGACUCCUGUAUCUAACAGCACCCUGUCGUUCUGUGGUACUGAUAAUUCAUCUGCGUAUAAGGUGGAUAAUGGGCUUUUGAAUAAUGGCUGUUUUUUGGAUGCUCUGGGGCUCGUACCACACGUCUUCCUACUGUUCAGCACCUUUCCCAUCCUGUUCAUUGGUUGGGGCAGCCAGAGCUCAAAGGUUCACAUCCACCAUAGCACAUGGCUUCAUUUUCCGGGCCACAACCUGCGCUGGCUGCUAACAGCCAUUCUGCUGUUUGUGUUGGUGUGUGAGGUUGCUGAGGGGAUUGUUUCAGAUGGGUUUAACCAGUCUCUCCAUCUCCAUCUCUACAUGCCUGCUGGGCUGGGAAUUCUGUCUGCUAUAAGCUCCAUAGUAUAUUACCACAACAUAGAGACGUCCAACUUUCCAAAACUACUGCUAGCUCUGUUAAUCUACUGGAUUCUGGCAUUUGUCACUAAAACCAUCAAGUUUGUUAAGUACAAUGAGCAUGGCAUUGGUCUGGUGCAGCUGCGAUUCUGCAUCACAGGUCUUCUGGCUUUACUCUACGGCCUGCUGCUGAUGGUGGAGAUCAACGUUAUUCUGCGCAGGCGCUAUGUAUUCUUUACUUAUCCAACCGAAGUGAAGCCUCCUGAGGACCUACAGGACCUUGGUGUGAGGUUCAUCCAGCCAUUCGUCAAUCUGCUUUCAAAAAGCACAUACUGGUGGAUAAAUGCAUUAAUCACAUCUGCCCACAAGCAGCCCAUCCACCUAAAAACCAUUGGCAAGCUGCCUAUAGCCAUGAGAGCUAUUACUAACUACCAGACGUUACGCAAAGCCUUCACUACACAGAAGGAGCAAGGAGUGAUCCCUGGACGAGGCUCACAAUGGAUUUGGGAUGCUCUAAGACGGGCAUUUGGAGGCCCUCUGCUUCUUAGCAUCACCUACCGAUUCAUGGCAGACCUGCUGGGCUUCACUGGGCCACUCUGCAUCUCCGGCAUCGUCCAUUACAUCAGCCGUGAUAAUCAUACCAUAGAGCCACCGGUCAAGCUGCUUGGGGUGCGUUUUAUUUCCUCUCAGGCAUUUUUAGCUAACGGCUAUGUGCUAGCUGUGCUGCUGUUCCUGGCUCUUCUCCUACAAAGAACGUUUCUGCAGGCUUCCUACUACACCUCCAUAGAGACUGGCAUUAAGAUCAGAGGAGCCAUCCAGUGUAAGAUCUACAACAAGAUCAUGCGUUUGAGCACUUCUAACAUGUCGAUGGGAGGCUUGACCGGUGCUCAAAUCUGUAAUUUGGUGGCCAGAGACACUCACCAGCUCAUGUGGUUCUUCUUUCUUAGUCCCAACUUGUGUGCCAUGCCAGUCCAGAUCACUAUUGGUGUAAUUCUGUUGUACUACCUGUUAGGCAUCAGUGCUCUAAUUGGAGCAGCAAUAAUCACUGUUCUCGCACCGAUGCAGUACUUUGUGGCCAUACAGCUUUCACGAACCCAGAAGAGCACACUAGAGUACUCCAGUGAACGACUGAAAAAGACUAAUGAGAUGUUGAGAGGUAUUAAGCUGUUGAAACUAUAUGCAUGGGAGCAUAUCUUUAAAUCAAGUGUCGAGAACACAAGGAAGAAAGAGCUGACCAGUCUUCGUGCUUUUGCUCUCUACACUUCUCUCUCAACUUUUAUGAACACUGCCAUUCCGAUUACAGCAGUUCUUACAACAUUUUCUGUACACGCCUAUGUACACAGUUCUACUGAUACUGCUCUCUCUCCCGCUGUGGCUUUUGCUUCACUAUCACUCUUUCACAUCUUGGUUACGCCGCUCUUCCUUUUGGCUAGUGUCCUACACUCUACUGUUAAAGCUCUUGUAAGUGUACAGAAACUAAGUGAAUUCUUGACCAGUGAAGAGAUAGAAAGUGGCCAGCAGGCCGCCACACCAACUGAUACAAACCACCAAAGUGACAUCAAGUCAGUGUACAUGCUGCAGCUACAGGCUUCAAAACUGGUCAACCGAAAGAACAAAGCCAAAGAGGACAAGAAGAACUUACCACUGCAUGAUCCAGAACUCAACAUUUAUGACAUAAAGGAGCAAAAUAUUUGUCUCAAGAUUAUGAAUGGCUAUUUCACAUGGACACAGGGAUGCCCGACUCUCAGCAACAUAGACAUAAAGGUUCCAUUUGGUAAAUUGACGAUAAUCGUGGGGCAGGUAGGAUGUGGUAAAUCCUCUCUGCUGUUGGCUGCACUGGGAGAAAUGCAGAAGAUCUCCGGAAGUGUCACAUGGAACAAGAAGAGAGGUGCAGUGGCGUAUGCUUCACAGAGAUCGUGGCUCCUCAAUGCUACUAUAGAGGAGAAUAUCCUUUUCGACAUGGCUCCAAAUGAAAAGAGGUAUAAGGAAGUGAUCGAGGUGUGCCAGCUCCAGCCUGAUAUUGACUCACUUCCACAAGGAGACCAGACUGUGGUUGGAGAAAGGGGUAUUAUUCUGUCCGGGGGUCAGCGACAGCGCAUCAGUGUAGCUCGAGCUCUAUAUCAGCAAACAAAAGUAGUGUUCCUGGAUGACCCAUUCUCAGCGCUUGAUAUCCACCUGAGUGACCACCUGAUGCAGGAGGGCAUCCUGAAGUUUCUCAGACAGGAGAAGAGGACCGUGUUGCUGGUUACUCACAAGCUUCAGUAUUUACCACAUGCAGACUGGAUCAUAGCCAUGAAGGACGGGACAGUACAGAUACAGGGCACGUUAAAGGACAUCCAGUGUGCUGAGCCUGAACUAUUUGAACAAUGGAAGACCCUGAUGAACAGACAAGACAAGGAGAAUGCUGUAGAACUGAAGAGGAAGAGUUUCAGGAGAGCCAUGUACUCCAGAGAUACCCUAGCCACUGAGGAUGAGGAUGAAGAUAGUUCUGGAAGUACAGAAGAAGACAGCCUGGCAGCAGAGCUGCGUCAGAGGACCACACUGCCUUGGGGAUCGUUAGGUACCUACCUGAGAGCUGCUGGUCUCCUGCUGCUACCUCUGCUUGUCCUCUCUCAGUUCACCAAACACUCGCUCAUGCUGGCUAUAGAUUACUGGCUGGCUUACUGGACGUCUCAGACAAUCACUGCUCGAUCAGACACUGCAGAGAGAAACUGUACGUCUGCACAGGACUGUGUGCACAGUCACGCUCCGUAUCUGCUGGUGUUCUGUAUGUUGUGUUUUUUGGGGAUCGUGCUGUGUUUGAUCACAUUUCUGACGGUGGAAUGGACGGGUCUGAGAGUCGCUCAACAACUACACUGUAGUCUUCUACGCAUCAUCAUCCUCGCUCCCAUGAGGUUGUUUGAAACGACUCCUCUUGGCAGUAUUCUUAACCGAUUCUCUGGCGACAUCAACACAAUUGAUCAGCACAUCCCGGUCACUAUGGAGUGUCUGAGCCGUUCCACUCUGCUGUGUGUAUCGGCAGUGGGUAUUAUCUCCUACAUCACACCAGUCUUUCUCAUCGCUCUGCUUCCUCUGACCAUCACCUGCUACUUUAUUCAGAAAUACUUCAGGGUGGCAUCCAGGGAUUUACAGCAGUUAGAAGACAGCACUCAGAUUCCUCUUCUCUCUCACUAUUCCCAGACUAUAGAGGGUCUAACUACCAUCAGAGCAUCCAGACAUGAGCAAAAGUUUAAGAAAAGGCUUUUGGAAUGCAUUGAUGCCAACAACAUUGCUUCACUUUUUCUGACUGUGGCUAAUCGCUGGCUUGAAGUUCGCAUGGAGUAUAUUGGAGCAUGUGUGGUGCUGGUAGCAGCAGUAGCCUCCAUCAGCAGUGCAUUAUAUAGUAAACUGUCAGCAGGAUUAGUGGGACUUGGCCUGACAUACGCUCUCAUGGUGUCAAACUACCUGAACUGGAUGGUGCGUAACCUGGCUGAUAUGGAGGUGCAGCUUGGCUCUGUAAAACGAAUCAGCAGUUUGUUAAACACAGAGCCUGAGAACUACAGUGGGGAAAUGAACCCAGCUCAGGUUCCAGCAGGAUGGCCCAGAUAUGGUGAGAUCAAGAUCGAGAACCUGAGUGUAAGAUAUAAUAGCAGCCUGAAGCCUGUCUUAAAGCGUGUCAAUGCUCACAUUAAACCCGGACAAAAGGUGGGAAUUUGCGGACGCACCGGAAGUGGAAAAUCUUCCUUUUCACUGGCUCUUUUCAGAAUGGUGGACACAUGCGAAGGUCGGAUCAUUAUAGAUGGUAUUGAUAUCGCUAAACUUCCCCUUCAAACCCUGCGCUCCAAAUUUUCAAUUAUUCUACAAGAUCCAAUUUUAUUCAGUGGAACAAUCCGGUUUAAUUUGGAUCCAGAGCAAAAGGCAACAGACCGAAUGCUGUGGGAAGCUCUGGAGAUCGCACAGCUCACACCUCUGGUAGAGGCUUUAGCUGAAGGACUAGAUGCCAUGGUGACUGAGGGAGGAGAGAAUUUCAGUCAGGGACAGAGACAACUCUUCUGUUUGGCCAGAGCAUUUGUCAGGAAGAGCAGCAUCCUAAUCAUGGACGAAGCAACAGCAUCUAUUGAUAUGGCCACUGAAAGUAUUCUACAAAAAGUGGUUCUGACUGCGUUUGCAGAUCGGACAGUGGUAAACAUAGCUCACCGUGUGCACACCAUCCUGGGUUCAGAUGUUGUGAUUGUGAUGAAGCGAGGCUCGAUUCUGGAGUACGACAGGCCUGAUGUCCUGCUAGAAAAGAAAGAUAGUGUAUUUUACUCCUUCGUCCGAGCAGACAAAUAA